AGGUCAAAAUGAAUCCUCAUAAAAUGCACAAGAUAGAUAUCUCGGCAAUGUCGCCAGAUGAACAGAAGGCCUUUAGGUUGUAUGGUGUGCUUCCUAAGGCAGGACCACAGUUGAAGAAGUUUGAGGAUAAAAACAACCAAAGGAAAUACUUUGACUCUGGGGAUUACAUGCUCGCCAAAGCUGGUAUUCCCACUGGUCAGAUUCCAGGAACCGCCAUCCCCACUCCUGAAGGAGUCCCCCACGCCGCCUCACCUCCCGGCGCCACCUCCCCAGGACUUUCUUCAUCGCCCACCAAUAUGCCCUUGCAUUCGCCUGGGACGGGAGAAGCCACACAAUCAAAACAGUCUGGGCAAAAUGGUGCGCCCUCGCUCGCCCAGCCCGUACCUUCGGUUCCGAACCCAGGUGUGGGUAUGGGCAUCUCACCUUCAGCUAGCAGUGACGCCGUCGAGGUGCCCCACAACCAUCGUCGUCGGCCUAGUGAGGGCGCCCGGAUCUCGCCCCCAGGCGUGCUGCGAGACCUGAACCAUUCGUCAUCCUAUGUCAUCCAUCACCCCGGCUCUUCCGGCUUAUCACCGGUCAAAAGUAGUGCUCUGGCUCGAAGGCUUGAUAAUGAAUUUGAAAAUGAUGCUCCUGUGGCGUGAAGGGAGGGAGAUGUAAAGAUAGGUGUAUGUUUGGUACGUGUACGAUGACGAGUGAAGAUAGGCGCCUACCUUUGGGGUGACGAUGUAAUUUUAGUUUGCC